AUGACGCAGGAAGAAGCAAAAGGAAAUCCUCCAGAAAGAGAAAAGUAUGUGACAAUAAAUCUGUUAACAUUCCCUGGAGAUAUACGGACAUGGUUCACGUAUGAACAUGACUUCUUGCUGUCGCACGGCUAUGCAUACCCUUGGGGCUUAUCUGCUAGUAUAUAUAGUAGGAGGAAACCAGCUGAAUGCAUGACUCCAGUGAAGCAGCUCACCAGAGUCAGCACUCAUCUUGCUUGGGAACUCCUCAGCGAUGGAGCUGCCAUUGAGUCAACGUCACUUCUAGAAAAACACAUUAACUUGCCUAAGUACUGUCAGAGAUUAUAUCUAUCAUGCCAAAUAUACAACACCAAGUCAUGUACAGGGACACUCCUGCUUUUGGUGAUGUCAAACCUACUACUGUGGGAGAAAGCUGCAGCAAUUCUGCCGAGUCUUGCCAAAGAGGGAGACUGUACGGAGCCCCUUGUGGAAACAUUUAACAAUGCCAUCAACAGAGCUGAAACAGUCUAUAAUCUUGCUGUUCAAAUGUAUCAAGAAUUUCUUACAAAAAUGUUGAGGGAGGAUUAUCCUGGUUUCACUGCCAGAAAUCACUGCCACGCCAAGAUCACAAACCCUCCAUAUCGGAGAAAUGAACUCAUAUAUACUCCGACCGAAAAAUAUUUAAAAAUGUUGAUCAAUUUUGUGGGUGCCUGGAAUGCCCCUCUGUACCAUCUGGUGGUUGAACUGAGUGCCAUGGACGAUGUUCCUGAAACUAUCCUUUCAAAAGCCAAAGAGAUUGAAGAGAACAACAGAGAACUCCUGGAUGACCUUAGAUGGAUAUUCACCAAGGGUUAUCCUACAGAAAAGCUACAAGAAAAUUUCCCAAACUGGCAACAUCUUCCUUACAUAAAAUCAAGUCUCAGAAAUGAUCAGUUUUUGGCAAUAUUUAACCUUUCCAACUGCCUACGCUCAGAUAUACAUUUCACUAUAUUUCAUCUCAAAAAUCUGAAGUAUCGAAUAACCAGGAAAAAUUGUUAA